GGCGGGGCCUGAGAGGGUGAGUUGGGAGGGCGGUCCCAGACCCAGCGGUCAUGUGACUGGGAAGAUGGCCGCCUUUCCCUGGCAUUCCAGGAAUAGGAACUACAAGGCUGAGUUUGCGUCAUGCCGAUUGGAGGCUGUACCACUGGAGUUUGGGGACUAUCACCCACUGAAACCAAUAACUGUCACAGAGUCAAAGACAAAGAAAGUGAGCCGGAAGGGAAGCACUUCUUCCACGUCGUCUUCAUCCUCCAGCUCCGUGGUGGACCCGCUGAGCAGCGUCCUGGAUGGGACCGACCCCCUCUCCAUGUUCGCAGCCUCUGCUGACCCUGCACCCCUGGCGGCUGCCAUGGACAACUCCAGAAAGAAACGUGACAGGGAUGAUUACUCCAUUGUAGGAUCAGAUUUUGAGCCUUGGGCCAGCAAACGAGGAGAAAUCCUUGCCCGGUACACUACCACGGAAAAGCUCUCUAUUAAUCUUUUUAUGGGAUCUGAAAAAGGCAAAGCUGGGACCGCCACAUCUGCAAUGUCAGAGAAGGUUCGGACCAGGCUGGAGGAGCUGGAUGACUUUGAGGAGGGAUCCCAAAAGGAGCUGUUGAAUUUGACUCAACAGGAUUAUGUGAACCGCAUAGAGGAGCUCAACCAGUCGUUGAAGGAUGCCUGGGCCUCGGACCAGAAAGUGAAGGCUCUAAAAAUAGUCAUCCAGUGCUCAAAGCUUCUUUCGGACACAAGUGUUAUCCAGUUCUACCCAAGCAAAUUUGUCCUUAUCACUGACAUACUUGAUACAUUUGGGAAGCUGGUGUACGAGCGUAUCUUUUCCAUGUGUGUGGAUAACCGCAGCGUCUUACCAGAUCACUUCUCUCCAGAGAAUGUAAAUGACACAGCCAAGGAAACAUGCUUGAAUUGGUUUUUCAAGAUUGCUUCCAUCAGGGAGCUCAUUCCAAGAUUCUACGUGGAAGCUUCCAUCCUGAAGUGUAACAAGUUCCUCUCCAAAACGGGGAUUUCAGAGUGUCUGCCGAGGCUGACGUGCAUGGUCCGGGGGAUCGGGGACCCGCUGGUGUCGGUGUACGCCAGGGCCUACCUGUGCAGGGUGAGCUGA